CUUUAAUGUAAUUAAUACACACUUUAUAGUCGAAGAAGUCUAGAGAAUGAAUAAUCCCUUCUCGCACAAGCCUAUCUAAUCUCUCACGAGAUAUAUGACAUAAUCGCUCAUGCCACAACAUAGAGUAAUUCUCAUAGUCUAGUCUUCGCUUAGAUCCUACUUUAUUUUCAUGCAGGCCAUUUAUAUUAUAUAUGUAUGAGGCAUUCGAGUCCAAUUGGUAUAGGUUGUUCACCAUAGAUCCAGUGCCAAUUUUAACUGAAUAAAAGUAGAUACUCAAUCUUUUAUUCUCAAAUUGGAAAGAAUAACCUGAUUUAUCCAACUGAGAAAUACAGAUCAAAUUGCACCUUAUAGAAGGCACACAAAAUGUAUCUACUAGAUCUAAUAAAUGACCUGACCUUAACCUAAGCCUACAGACUCUGACUGCCUCUACAUCAACUUUAAUGCCAUUGCCUAUGUAUAUUGAGUAUUCCACAUCAGUUGGUGGCCUGCUCUGUAGUAGGUCCUACAUAGAAGUAAAUAUGUGAAUAUUGGUUCCCGAAUCUAUCCACCAAUAAUCUACCAACACAUCAGUUAGAUGGGAUUCAAAACAUACUAGAAUUGUAUUAUUGUCUUUCCUUAUGAGUCACUGCUUAUAUUUUAUGCAGUCUUUCUUCAGAUGACCCGACUUCAUGCAAAAGAAGCAAUUUUCCUUUUUAGUCUGCUUAUGUCUCGAUCGAAUCCUAGGUUAAUUAUUAACUGGAGAACCUAGAGGACUGUGAGAAUCCCUUGAUAGAAUCAUGUUUCCUUUUUCUGUUUCCAUUAUGUUCAAGUCUAUGUCCUGAAGUCGCAAAACUAAUAUUCAGACUGUUUUCAAAGGGUUUUGAAGGUUCAUAUCUUUCUGAAGUGAUGUCUAAAUGUAAGCAUCUUAGGACUUUCUCUAUAGCUUUGUCUAUUGAACAUAAUUAGACCCGGCUAGAAUGGGAACUUGAUGCAUUUGAGUUGGAACCGGUUGCAAAAAAAUACUCACAUUAGUAGAUUGUUUAUAUAAAACAAUUCAUGAAUAAAACCAAAUAUUAGGCUAAGUUAUCAAAUCAAUUGAUUGGGGCUUUCAACUGAACUAUCCAGGAUGAAGAUGGACCCAAACAUCUGAUCUUACCAAGAGUCAAUCACAUCAUCAUUACUCCUCUUAUGGGAGGUAGUGAUAAUAUGCAAGUGACCUUCCUGAACAUGAAGCAAAGUAAUGUCAAUUAUGUAAAUUUGAGACAUUCAACACCUGCGGGUAGGAUAAGUCUUUCAUCUUUACAUUAUAAGCACCAUUUACUCCACCCCGUUUAUGCUGCUGCCAAAUAAUGAUCGUCUGUGUUUUCGUCACCGUUCUCAUGAAACGUGAACACAACUGAACGCAAUCCUUAAACUAAAUUUCUAAUAUCACAAGUCCUUAUUUGUGUUUUUUUUUACCGAUUGAGGUCACUGUGGUGGCUAACACAACCGGAUUCAAUCCCAUAAGUUUUGACUUAGGACUGCGAUUUUAAUCCUGCCAUCAAUGGAUUAACUAUAUAAAUUAGUUUGAUUUGGCCCAUAAGGCUGUUGAUAUUAAUUGGUGAGAAAUUGAGGAGCCUUAAAGAGAAGCAGACAGGUAAGUUUUACCUUACUCAGUUAUACGGUCUAUAUCAAUUCUCAAAGGAUGGGUGAUGAGCUUACAAUAAGACCGAAUCUAGACUCUGUAUGAUCUGGUCAUCAUUAAUGAGCAUUACAAGUCUAGCCUUUAACAUUCACAUGAUAGACAUUUGGCAUGGAACAAUUAAGACGGAUGAUUAGAUCCUUACAUUAGUGUCCAUAAUAUGAACAGAUCAGAUCCAAUACUUAAGAUCCACACAAAGAAAGGUCCAUAUUCUUUAUACGCUCAUUUUGAACUAAACAGAUGGAUGAGAUCUAAUAAAUGGAUCCCAAAAUUGGCCCCAAAGGGAAUGCCCAAACACUAAAUAGGCAUUCAAUAUGCCUUUACGAUGGGCUUAAUUAAAAUGGUAUGGGCCCAGAAUAGGGGCUUCAUCUGGUCAACCACCAGGCCUUAUUGGGCCCAAAAUUAGAUGGAGUAUGCCCAUAAAACAUCAAAUGAAUGUGAACCAAAUUAGUCCCAAAAGAUAGGCCCAACCUAGGCCCCGUACACAUGGCCCACUGACGUUGCCCACAAGUGGGAUGAAAUGUCCAAUGGGUCCAUCCAAACAGCACAACCAACUAGUGGCCCGCAAGUGGAAUGGCACGCUGGACCACUCGACUUGGAGAUAUGGUCCAUAAUGUAAUAUUUGGGACCAUAAACUAGGCCCAUGAAAUAUCAAUUGGAUGUCAACUUAAUUGGUCCCAAAGGAUAGGCCAACAUAGAUCCCGUAUAUAAGGCCCACCAAUGUAACCCACUUAAGGGAUGGGAUGAGGUCGAACGGCCCAAACCCAGGUAUAAUGUGCCUAGAAUGGGGUCAAGGCCCAACUUGAACCAACCACUUAAGCAAUCGGGUCCCGACCCAAUUGAUAUAUUAGCUUGUUUGGUUUGUCAAGGGGCAGAAGGGACCCUUGCUGCUGUAGAGCUUGUCAUAGCCAGUGGAAAUCCUGGCCGCUAACCUCUAUCACAGUGCUGAAGGAAACAUCUCCUCCAACCACGAUAAUGGCUGUCGGAAGUAAUAUGAGGUGGGCUUUAAUAGGCAGCAGCCAUUAAUGGUGGCGUAGAGAUUCUCUACACCAUGCUUUAUCAUCAUCUAUAUGACCUCCCACGGCGCCAAUGAUUGAUAUCACAAGAAAUCGAUAGCCACGAAUGGAGGCUGAGGAAUGGAUCUACGCUAGUAUCAUCGGCUACGAUGGUGGAGACGCGGGGCCGGCGAUGGACUACAGAUACAGUAGCACCAAAAAUAGUUUCAAAAGGGAGAGUGGUUAUAGGCGACACUGGUGGUGGUUGGAACAACUAUGGCCGCCUCUACUGAUGACAAAGACAUGGAGUGCAUCUGCCAAAUCAUCAACAUCAUAUCUACAUGGUGGGAUCCAAUCACUCGUCCCAUCAUUGAGCUUGAAGACAACUUCAGCUCCCUAAAGGAAGCCAUUGAAGAAUUGAAAUGCGUGAGGAAUGACGUGAAGACAAGGGUGGUUGUCGCUGAGCGGGAGCUUCUCAAAUGCAAGGACGAGGUUCAAUUUUGGCUGAAAAAGGUAGAAGAAGCUGAAGGAGAAGUGAAUGCAAAGGAAGAAACUUUCAAGCAAAUGAUGAGGUGUCUUUGGAAUUGCCAUCCAAAUUGUUGGUCGGCCUACAGGCUUGGCAAGUGGGUGGAGAAGAAGCUGAAGGGUGUAGCUGUGCUGAAGAGCAAAGGUGAUUCCUUCAAAGAGGUGGCGAACAAGCAACUUCCCGAUGCUGUUGAAGAGAAGCCUCUUACAUUAGCUGUGGGCAGGGACUUGGUGUUGGAGACGGUUCUAGACUGGAUUGGCCAAGGCAAAGUGGGAGUUAUUGGAAUAUAUGGAAUGGGGGGUGUGGGGAAAACAACACUCCUGAAUGAUAUCAAUAACCAAUUCCUUAAAAGAAAUGAUGAUUUCUAUGUUGUGAUUUGGGUGGUGGUGUCUAAAGAAUUAAAUGUGGAAAAGAUUCAGAUGAAUAUUGGCAAGCGAUUGGGCUUGUCUUGGCCAGAGAAUGAUAGCAACAACCAGACACGGGCUCAUGACAUUCGCAAGGUCUUGAGUAGCAAGAAAUUCAUGCUGUUGUUGGAUGAUAUUUGGAAACGGUUGGAUCUAGAUAAGGUCGGAAUUCCUCAUCCAAGCAGCCAAAACAUGAGCAAGGUCAUUUUCACUACACGAUUUGAGGACGUCUGUGGCCACAUGACUGCCGACAAGAAGAUCAAAGUAGAAUGUCUCCCAGAGCAAGAAGCAAUGAAUCUAUUUCUACGGAAUGUUGGUGAAGAGGCCAUGAAAUCCCAUCCGGAGAUACCGAACCUUGCCAAUAGCGUUGCUAAAGAGUGCAAGGGUCUGCCCCUUGCGCUCAUCACCAUUGGGCGGGCCAUGGCAUGUAAGAAGACACCACAGGAAUGGAAGCAUGCAAUAUCAGUUCUGAGCACAAGCAAGCCACCGUCAGAGAUAUCAGGUAUGGAUGAUGAAAUGCUUUUGCGUUUGAAAUUCAGUUAUGAUAAUCUGGGUGGUGACAUGAUUAAAUCGUGUUUCCUGUACUGUGCCCUGUUUCCGGAGGACUACUCCAUUGACAAAGAAAAACUAAUAGAUUACUGGAUAGGCGAAGGAUUCUUAGAUGGGUGGGAUGAUGAUCUUGAUGAAGCCCAUAACAAGGGACAUGAUAUCAUUGGAAGAUUAAAGGCUGCAUGCUUGUUGGAGACUGGUUCUAAAGAAAAAACAAUGGUAAAGUUGCAUGACGUGAUUCGUGAUAUGGCAUUAUGGAUAGCUUCAGAGUGCGGGGAGAAGAAGAAGAGGUUUUUGGUGAGAGCUGGCGUGGGACUGACGCAUGCACCAGAAUUUGAAAGGUGGAAGGAGGCCGAGAGGAUAUCUCUAAUGAAGAAUGACAUAAAAGAAGUAACAGAGACACCUCAAUGCCCCAACCUCUUAACCUUGAUGCUCCAAUGGAAUAUAAAUUUUCGAAAAGUCCACACCGAUUUUUUUCAAUUCAUGCCUCUUCUUGGGGUCUUGGAUCUGUCAAUGUCACGGAUAGUAGGGCUUCCUGCAGCGAUCGGUAACUUGGCAGAGCUACGGUAUCUCAAUCUAUCAUACACGGAUAUCACAUCAUUGCCUGAAGAGAUAGGAAAUCUGGUGAAACUGAAGCACUUGGAUUUGGGGGGUACAUUUAGUUUGCACACAAUUCCUCAAGGAGCAAUCUCCAGGCUUUCUGAGUUAAGAGUGAUCAAACUAGAAAGGAGUUAUUCAAAGUGGGAAGGAGGGAGUGAGGGAUUAAAUGUGAGUGAGUUGGAAGGCCUGGAACGUUUAAACCUUCUUAAUCUCACCUUAUCAAAUGUGCAUGCUCUUGAAAGGUUGCUCUGCUCUAGCAAGCUAGGGAACAUGACUCGGUAUCUAUUUCUGAUAAAUCUGACUAUCUCCAACCAACUAUCAUCCCUUUUCACUGCAAUGAAAAGUCUUCAACAGCUUACUCUUCUCCGCUGCAAUGGGUUGGUGGAGGUGACAAUUAGUGCGGAUGCAAAGAAGGACGACGAUUAUCCUGUUUCAAGCCUAGAAUGUCUACGCCUUUCGCAACUCCCCGACGUAAAUUGCAUUCGGGUGGGCCACGGAUGCUUCAGAAACCUUCGCACCAUAUCAAUUAAGUGGUGUAACAAGUUGAAGAAAAUUUAUGGUUUACUACAACUUGAAAGUCUUGAAACAAUUGAUAUAAAGCGUUGCAAGGAGCUAGAAGAAGUCAAAGGUACGGUCAUUCCUGAUGAUGAAGUUGGAGAUAUAUGGCUAAUGCAACUAAAACAUAUAUCACUCGGGUACCUUUCAGAACUAACGAGCAUCUGUAGCUAUGCACUGCAUUUUCCUUCCUUGGAGGAAAUCAACGUCAUUAAUUGCCCAAAGUUGAAAAAGCUCCCUCUUUCUCUCCAUAGCGCUCACAAUUCUCUAAGGAAGAUAAGCGGUAGGAAAGAAUGGUGGGAUAAUUUACAGUGGGAAGAAGAUGGCAUCAAGUCCUAUUUUCUUCCUUUUUUCCAUGAAUCGAAUUAUUGAGUGUCAUUGUCAAAGUAAAAUUCCUUUUUAAUAGUUAUUUCUUAGGAUGUUAGAGUAAUUUUAGAAAGGAGUCUGAAUUUUUCUUAGAUCAAGUGUGUUAUGUAUUUUUAUCAGUUUUAAUAUGUGUGCCAUUGGACCACAUGAUAUUACAUUAAUUUCUUAUUUUGGUGAUUCUA